AUGACAUUCAUAGUUGCGAAGUCUUUCAUAGCAACAACCAUGAAAUUGAAAACUUUUCUGGUUACAGUUUUAAUUUUGAUCUUCGUCAAAUGUUCUGACCAAGCAGUAAAAUUUUUGAAAUCUGUUGGCUUAAAUAAUCCCUUGAAAAUAAGAGUUAACAAAGUGGAAGAAACUCAUAACGAGUAUAUGCUUGACUUCAAACAUUCUCUAAGAAUUACUCAAAAUUUCACAAAUUAUAUCAGCGUUAACAUGACAUUGUUUGUGAAAUUAGACUCGACGUAUUUGCAUUAUUCGGUUGAUCUUCCUAAUUCCAAUGGAAAAAUGGUUCCGUUUAUCAAAAGAACUGGAAUGAACAUGUGCAACUUUUCUAAAGCGCUAAAAGGAAAUAAAAUAUUGCAACGGUUUUUCAAGAGGAAUAGCUCAAACGAAAAACGAAUUAUGGAGUCAUGUCCAGUCGAACCAGGAUUUUAUUUCAUCAAAGAUUUCAUUGUUGGUGAAACAUUGAUGACAUACGCAGUAGCAGAAACCAAAAUUGUUAUGGUAUUCGGUAUAGCAACAAAGAUUAAUGAAAAAAUGGUUGAUUUAUUCAGUUUGAAAGUUCAAUUUGAAAUUAAAACUCUUGACAAAUUGGAAAGAGAAAGAAAGCGACAAAAGAAAAUUGAGUCGUAG